UUACUGCUGGAUUAUAUUGUUGUAAUAGACUACAUUUCGUGUUGCUUUUUGGAUAUCUUUUUGAGUUAGAAAUGUAGAGGCGAUACAGUUUACAAAUACUGUACUACAACAUUUUUUAUGUACAACAAAAAGGGGUACGGAACCCACACCCGGAAGACAGACAACAAACAAGAGGCUGCUUUCCUGGCGAUAAACUGUGUAGCUAUACGCAGCUCUGAUGCGUGUGCUAGUACUGUUGACAUAAUGAUGCAUUUUCUGUUGCAGGGUGUUGAUGGCACAUUCAAACUAGAUCAGAAUAUAUAGUUUGCACAUUAAAAAAAAAAAAAAAAAAAAAAAAAAAAAAAAAUUAUUCAAGAUCGAAAAUAUCCUAUAAAUAUCGAUUUGUAAUAGGAUACGUUUGGUACACAGUUUUCUAUCAACACCAUGAGUCAUUUGCUGCUAGUGAUUAUUAUUAUUAUUUUUUUUUAACUUUUUUCUUAUAAAAAUAUUUGUUUUACCCCAGCCUAGAUUACAAUUACAACUGUGACAUGUAUGCUUUGUUGCCUGAUUCGUCCUUUGUUAGUACAUCAAUUUAAAACAUGUAUGACAUUGUCUGAACUAAAUAUAAAACACUUAUGAUAGUUGAUUUUGCUUUUUAUAGGAGACGGUGACCUAGGCUGAUCAUUACUAAUAAUGAAUCCUAAACUGCCUUUGUUGGGCCUCCUGUACUUUGUGCAGGGAAUCCCCUACGGUUUACAGUCUUCUCUACUGCCCAUCUAUCUCAGAACAGCUGGACUUUCCUUUACUAAAAUCAGCUUGACCAAAGCACUUUACUUCCCUUGGAUUCUAAAAGUACUCUGGGCUCCAUUUGUGGAUCAGUUUGGCUCAAAGAAAAAAUGGCUCCUUCUUAGCAUGUCAGGACUGGCUCUAACCUGCUUAAUCAGUGCCGCCCUUUCCCCGGAAACCAACUUUGCACCUGUAGCACUGAUUCUGCUCUUGAUGAACUUCUGGGCUUCAGUUCAGGACAUUGCUGUUGACGGUAUUGCAGUCCAGCUCCUCAGAAAUGAAGAAGUGGGUUAUGGAAACACAGUGCAAGUGGUGGGCUAUAAGCUCGGCUCGGUCUUGGCUGGAGGUGGCCUUCUGGCAGUGAUGGAUGUGGUUGGAUGGGGCUUCCUGUUUGUAUUUCUAAGUGCCAUUUAUUGUACUAUUACACUGUAUUCUUGGGGGAACCCAGCGCUUAACAUGCUCUCUAAAACCUGCAGCAAUGAGCAGAGAACCAAAAUACCCAGUUUAAAUCCCUGGCGAAUUUUGCAAGAACUCCUCAGUGUGCCAGGGACUUUCUGGACUCUCGUUUUUGUUCUUGUUUACAAGCUUGGUGAACAAGGUGCCACAAGCAUGUUCCCUCUGUUUCUGCUGGAUAACGGCAUGUCUGCCAGGGAGCUAGGCCUCUGGAAUGGAAUGGUGGCAAUGGGAUUUUCAAUCAUAGGUUCCUCCAUUGGUGGUAUACUAAUGUCCAUUUAUGGUGCAUUUUCUCUGAUGAAGACCUUCUUUGUUAUACGGCUGGGAGGCUUGGCUUUCCAGACAUUUCUACUAUUUGUGUUUAACAGCAACUCAUUGCUAAUGAAAGGUGCUGCUAUACUGAGUAUAAGUGUACAACAUUUUAUAGGGGGUCUGAUAACUACCCUAACAUUUACCAUCAUGAUGCACUGCUCACAAAAGGCAGAUGAGCGAAUACAGGCUACCCACUACAGUUUCCUGGCAACCUUGGAAGUGAUGGGAAAGCUCACAUUCAGUGCCCUUGCCGGCUGGAUUGUAGACUGGAUUGGAUUCCCUGCCAGUUUCUUUCUCUUUAUAAUUCUCUCCACUGCAGCUGUAGUGCAUGUCUUUAAAGUGCAAGUAACUGGAAGGUAACAGGACACCCAAUUGCAAUGUUAAUGGUCUCCUUUUGUUUUCCUAAAAGAUUUCAUAUUAAGAAUACAUGUAAAACAUUAGUAUCGUGUUUUGUCACAACAAUAUCUUUAGCAGCUUAUAACAACUAUUUAUAUUUCUUUUAAAUUGUAAAACAGAAAAUGGGUAAUAUUUGUUUAUAAAACUGAUACAUGUUCAGCUGGUAUCUGCUCACCCAGUUCAUUUUCACAUCUGUGUUCCUUUGGAGGAUUGGCAGUCAUUGUUUUAUUUUUAGCAGCCAUUUGCAGACAGAAGAAUAGAGCCUGAUGAGUCCUGUAUUGCAAUGAGUUCUGCACUGAACAUUUGAUUUGCUUGACCGGAUUGUUAAUAAUAAAAUACUGUAAGGUG